AUUUUUAAGAAUACAGUUAGAAGUUAUUUGAGAACACGAGAAAGAAGACUUGAAAAGUAUAAGAUUAAUUAGCUAAUUAGAAACUAAGUUUUAUGAUCAGAUAUGAAAGUCAGCAGACUCUUAUCCAGCUCAUGUAAUCGCAUAUGAUUUAAUAUAUGACUGGUUUUACAGUGUGCAGUAAUGCUGAGCACGUAGAACAAUAACCCCGUUGACCUGCAUGGAAAUAACUAACUACCCCUUAAAAGAGUGACUGUAAGCAGAAAAAAAACCAGCUGGAUGAGUGUCCAAAGGUGACAAUGACAAGAAUCCUGCACAACACUUCAGACGCGCGCCGCGUUUCUGAAGGGAAUCGUCCGGCUGAAUCAUCAGAGCGUGGAAAAGUGCCAACUCAUGGUCGGCAACGUGAGACAGGUGAUGAGCAGUGAGACGAUCGCACCUGCAACUCACACACAAACACACACCUUCGCCCUCCUCAUCACCUCCGAGCUGAACGCAGCGCGAUCAUGGGGCGCUACAGCGGGAAAACAUGCCGCCUGAUUUUGAUGCUCGUCAUCACCGUCAUCUUCUUCGUGGCGGAGAUCGUGGCGGGUUACAUGGGCAACUCCAUCGCGCUGGUGUCCGACUCCUUCAACAUGCUGUCGGACAUCCUGUCGCUGUGCGUCGGGCUGACGGCGGCGCGGGUGGCGCGGCGCGCGGGCUCUGGGCGCUUCACGUACGGGAUGGGCCGCGCGGAGGUGGUGGGCGCGCUGGCCAACGCCGUGUUCCUGGCCGCGCUCUGCUUCUCCAUCUCCAUGGAGUCGCUGAAGAGGCUCGCGCAGCCGCAGGCCAUCGACGACCCGCUGCUGGUGCUGAUCGUGGGCUCGCUGGGUCUGGCGGUGAACGUGGUGGGUCUGCUAAUCUUCCAGGACUACAGCUGUCUGUGCGCGAAGCUGCAGAAGGACGCGUCGGUGCCGCGCAAGGAGGAGGACGAGGCGGAGGAAGAAGCAGGCCUCCAGGACGAGAAGGCUGAGAAAGAAGGUCCUCCACUGAACAUCAGAGGUGUUCUGCUCCAUGUGUUGAAUGACGCUCUGGGUUCGGUGGUGGUGGUGGUGGCGUCGGCUCUGUUCUACGUGUGGCCGCUGGCCCCUGAGAGCCCGUGUAACUGGCAGUGUUACGUGGAUCCCAGUCUGACGCUCGUCAUGGUGGCCAUCAUCAUGUCGUCCGCCGUCCCACUGGUCAAAGAAACAGCCGGAAUCCUGCUGCAGAUGAGUCCCGUCGACCUGCCGCUGAGCGCCGUCCUGGAGAGCGUCUGUAAACUCCCCGGCGUGUUGAGCGUGCACGAGGCUCACGUAUGGGAACUGGCUAAAGGACGGAACGUGGCGUCGCUGCAUGUCAGAGUGUUUCCUGACCUGCACGAUCAGUGUUGGGCUGCGGGAACAUCCGGUCUUCAUGCACAGAUCCUGCAGGUGUUCCACCAGGCUGGGGUUCACAGCAUCACGGUUCAGCUGGAGCGCGGCGAGGGCGAGCAGGACGCCGGCCGCUGCAGCGCCCCCUGUGUGUCGCCCGCCUGCAUGAAGCUCUCCUGUUGUCCUGGUGGCGCGUCCUCAGUGUCUGUGUGUAAUGGAAACCCCUCCUUGCCCUCCAGGGACGUGGCUGUUGACAUGCUGCACGGUGGAACCGCCCUGCUGACAGAGAAAGACAGCCAGAACAAACCAGAAAAAUACAAAGAAAGCACCAAGUUUUAAAGCUGAAGGGCUGUUUCUGCAGAAGCGCAGCAGAUUUUUGUCCUGGACUAAAAACCCAAAGUGUUUUAGUCUGAGUCUAAAUCCCUGCUGGUUCUGAGAAACAGUCCCGUGAUAUUCUGUCGAACAUAAAAGACUGUUUAAUUCCUCCGCACGUCUGUGCCUCACUGCCCUUUAAGGCCUUCUUUAAGACUCCAGCUGAUGAUUUGUGGUAAUUUUUCUUCAUUUGAGACGUGAAACACAACAUGCUGUUCAACACAGUGCCUGACAGAAACUUCUGCUGCAUCAACUCAAUUAAUCAGCUGCUUAUUUAUUGUUUUGCACAAAUUUAACAGGGUGAAUGAGUGAAUCUCACUCGACACGUCCAGCUCAUAUUUCAGCCCAAAAUAAAAAUGCUCGUUUUGCUUAUAGACAAUCAAGCCAAAUUCUCGACUGUAAAAUGAAAAAUGUUAAUAUGUAAAUCGUUAAGCAUACGUAGUGAUAAUAUUUGCCUUAGUGCCUCUAAUGCUUGUUUAAAUGAAACAAAUAAUCAUUUGUAUUACAGUAAAACUGAAUUAUUAUAAAUCUAGACACAUUACAGUUCAAUUUGCGAUAAAAUGUGCUUCAUUGUCAUAAUGCAACUAAUAUCCUUAUAUAUAUAUAUAUAUAUAUUAUUAUUUUUUAUUUAUUUUUUAUUUUUUUUGCAUUUCUGUUGAUUUUGGGGUGAAGUUAGACCUGAACAUGGCAUUCACAACAAUAUUAGCAUAUUCCUUAUUAUUAUUUAUAGUUUCUUUUGUUCUUAAUAAUCUUCAUACAUGUUUGGUAAUUCAGGGAAACAAAUAGAAUUAAUUGAUUUUCAGUUCAUAGUGUUUUGUGUGUGUGUGUGUGUGUGUGUGUGUGUGUGUGAGUGAGUGAGUGAGUGAGUGAGUGAGAGAGAGAGAGAGAGAGAGAGAGAGAGAGAGAGAGAGAGAGAGAGAAUCAAAUGUACUUAAACGAUAUACUGGUUAAAUUAAGAUUUAGCUUUAUAAUUAAACAUUUAAAUGGACAUGAUUUGUGAACUGACUUUUCAUUGGUCUAUUAAUUAAGCUAAAAAAUUCACCUGAUUAUGAGCUGGAAAAACAUCUUUGAAUGGACAAGUCUUUCAGACUGCAGCGACCCAACACUGAGAAACUCGGAUAAAUUCAAGCACGGGUGUUGAUAUAAUAAUCACAGACAGACCGAGAUGCAGCACUAGAGGGCAGCAAACACACACACACCCAACACACACUCUCACACAGACACACAAGGCUUGUUCGAGAUGCAGCGGCGCGCAGACUGAUCGGUGUAUGACAUCAAAGUACCGCGAGAGCGAUUCAAAAGCAUAAGGAGUCGUUUGCUCUCCAGUCGCUCUCGCGGUACUUUGACGCUGAUUGGUCUGCGCAGCGCCGCUGCAUCUCGAACAAGCCUACACACUCACCUGUAGACGAACAUCAGUCACGUGACAAUCAAUUGAGUGUCAGACUAUUUAAAAUGGAGGAGGUUGAAGGUGUCACGCUUUCCAUGGUGUGUCACACGAACUCGCUGCUAUCCAGAGAAACAAUUAAAGCUUCCUGGAAGUAGAAGCAUCAGAGAACACACACACACACACACACACACACACACACGGAUAUCACCAGCGGGUUUGUGCCUGAUGGGCGACAGGAGGCGCUAGUGAGUGAGUGACAGCGACCUGUGUGGGAAAAGGGGCGGGGCUCAAACACAACCACCAAUAAAACAGAUCUAACACUCAAUUAUACACAAUCAAUGAAUAUCUACUGAGAGGAGACAAAAACAAGAGAGUUUGGGCCACUUUGCUAUUCAUAAACAUUACCACAUGCCAAGACUGUCUCAAAUUAAUAAUUUCUAGUGUAAAUUAUUAUUACUUUUUUUUUUUUUUUUUUUUUUUUUAAAGUCGUGUUAUCCUGAUGCUAAUGGUUUUGGAUUCCACAAGGAGCGAAAAAUUGUACUCAGCCUUGUUCAGACGAGCCCAAGAACAUCACCUGAUCUCAGCAGAAAACUGAAUUAUAAUUGAUCCCCGGAGCACAAACCGCGCAUGCGCGUGUUUCCCGUCUGCGCACAUGCAUGAACACUGACAUCAUUCUACAUCACGUUACUAAGCAACCACUAUUAAGCACUAUUUGUUGUCACGGUAACCCAACUUAACCUUCAAAACGUCUCAUCCCGCUGAUUUUCUCCAUCAGUGUCUGUGUUUCAGAGUCACGUGCCUCAUUCUGUAUUAAGGGUAAAAAACAAUUUAACUAUAGAUAUCAUCAUACUACAUUUCUGACUCAAACUCUCUGACUUUAAAGAUUGAAAUCUACAGACGCAAAAAAAUAAAGUGCAAUAAAAUAAUGUUUUGUUUGACUAGUCUUGAAAGAAGACAUUUUAUGGAAGCAAAAUACAGCUCAAAACUGGCCCGUGCAUGAAAACACAAUGGUUUUGCCUGUAGUGUCUCGUGUUUUACAGAGACACACAUUCAAAAUGUUUAAGUCGAACAUGUGCAGAUAAACUGAACUGGACAAAAAAUUGAAAAGAAACACAGAACAUUGAUUUAUUAGAGUAUUGAUUACUGAUUACAGUGAUUGAAUAUACCUGAGUGAUAGUGACGGUUGUACAUGUGCAUUAUGGACACGUGUGCGAAUACAGACACUGUUUUCCAUCACAGUGAGCUGGUCUUCCUCCUUCAGACACAAAACCAGUUCAAACAUUAUCAGACAGCAGCAUGAACAUGACCCGCUCACAUCAGGACACUACUAGUACUGAUCAAUAUUGAGAGAAUCCGUGUGUGUUUGACAGCAUCAGAGGAACACGAGAGGUCAAAGGUGAGGCAGACGGGGACAGAGAGUGAGACAGUUAGGUCAGUUAUUCUGUAAUCUAGUAUAUUGGUAACUCAGCAUUUGCCCUGAUUUAAAUGAGGAUUGUCUGAGAAAGUCACAUUUUCAUUCCAGCUGAAGAAAGCCUUCGUUCUGUUCGUCGCUGCGAGUUUCUGCAGCCAUGCAUGUAAGAGCCGCGAGAGCUUUGAGAAAACGCACACGACACGCUCCUGAUGAACGUCCACGGAUGAACAUCAGUACAGUGGGGGUUUCUGUUGUUUUAACAUUUAAACAACAUUAUUCUCCAUGAGCACUUAAAGCUAAUGUGCUAUGGCUGUGAUCCAUAACUAUAAAACAAAUAAAUAAUAAAAAGAAACCAGAGAAAAUAAAAUACAAUAGCUCUUUAAAAUAUGGCUGUGGUAAACUUACGGAGCCGCACAUGACAUGCAGGAACUAAUAUGUGUAUCAGGCCACAAGUUACACACAAUUAGUUCCCACGACUUACUAAUAGGUCAGCACGUUUUACUAGCUCGUUCCCUAGAUUUACUAAAUCAAAACGAGGGAACGAAUUAGUGCAACGUGGCCACGAUUUAGUGAAAUGAGGGAACUAAUUAUAUCAUCAGCACAAUUUAGUAAAACGAGGAAACGAUUUAUUAGAUCAUGCGCACAAUUUAGUGAAACUAGGGAAAAAAAUAUUAUACCUUGCACACGAUUUAGUAAAACGAGGAAACUAAUUAUAUAGAGCACACAAUAAGUAAAACGAGGGAAUGAAUUAUAUCGUGCGCACGAUUUAGUAAAACGAGGGAAAAAUUAUUAUAUGGUGUGCAUGAUUAAGUGAAACCAAGGGAAAAAAAUAAA